AUGAAUGGCAACAAUAGUAGUAGUAGUAGUAGUAAUGGGUUCGGCACUAGUAGCAAUAUAAAGAAUAAUGGUGUUAGUAAUAGCAUCACUUCACCAACUAUAUCAUCACCAACUACAUCAUCUACAUCGACAACAACAUCAACAUCAACAACAUCAACACAACCAACACUUAAUGUUGUAGAUAAUGGAGUAUUGGCACCACCUACUGUAGAGACUAUAUCACAGGCAUUGGUUGCACUGUAUCAAUCAAAUGAUGCUACAGUUAGAGACAUGGCCAACAAAUGGUUGAUGCACAUUCAGACCCUACCAGAGGCCUGGGAAUUCUGUCCCAAGUUGAUCUUUGGUACCAAUGUAAUGGAGUUACAAUUCUUUGGAGCAUCUACUUUGGAACAAAAGUUGAGAAAGGAAUGGAUAUCAUUGCAAACGGAUGUUAGGAUUAGGAUAUUCAACGUGAUGGUUAACCUGACAGAGCACACGAUCAAGUUGACCAAUAGUGUCGUUUCGACAAGGGUAUGCGUGGCACUCAGUAUAAUGGCCAUGUACACAUACUCAUCGCUGUGGAAGCGCCCACUGGACGACGUGAUGCACUUGUGCAGUCCGAACCUCGACCAGCCACUGGUCGACAUGCGCAUGGAUCGUCUGCGCUUCGUGCUCGACUUCCUCACGAUCUUCCCCGAGGAGCUGAUCACCUGCGCCAUCUCAUACUCGACAAAGAUCGUCAAGCGCGAGAUCACCACAGACAUUGACGUCGUGUACCAGUACCUGCUGGCCUGUCUGACCAUCCCUCCACAGGUACAGGGCCGUCCAGAGCAGAAGCAGAUACUGCGCGCGCUGUCUGCCUGGCUGCACUACAUGCUGCCCAUCAAGACAGAGAUACUGCGCACGAUUUUCGAGAGCACAUUGGCAACCGUCGACAAGGACCCAUCGCAGAUUGAGCUGAUGUGCACGCUGAUCGAGCGGUCGCUCGUGCAUCUGUCGGCGCGUCUCUCACCCGAGGUCGAGCAGAUGUUUGUGUUGGUGGCCGAGAACCUCCUGGCUUUGAUGCCGCCCAACUUUGCCCGCGCGAUGCAAGAGGGCCGCUUCGAGACGGCCAAGGCCAUCUGCCACCUCUUUGUCCAGGUACUGUAUCACAACUCAUCCAAGCUGCUCAAGGCUGAUCUGGUCAAGCGAUAUCUCGAGACCCUGCUGCACUUUGUCCAGCAGGGCAAUCACGAGAUGUGCGAGCUGAUGCAGCCAUUGUUCCAGGAGCUCAAGGGACGCACAGAGUACACACACGAGUCGCUGGGCAAGGAGUACCUGGACAACUACUUCCUGAGCAUGCUACAUCGAUUGCUCACUUUGGCGGUCUACUGCACGGACGACCCCUCGCAGACCACUACAUUCCGCAAGACCGUCAAGGACAUGCUUUUGAACAUACAGCGUGCCCUCUUUGACAAGAGCAACUUUUUCAUCAAUCACCUGGUGGCGCAACUGCAGAGCGACCUUCAGAACAACGUGCAGGAGUGGCAAAAGUACGAGGUGACGCUGGCUUUUAUCUCGAUGUUGACCGAGCCCAGUAACAAGGACUCCAAGUAUAUGGCCGUGUUGCUGCAGCUCAUCCCAACCCUCCCCGUCAAGACGCUGCCCUUGAUCAAGACCUCGAUCGUACUGAUUGGCAAGAUGUCUGGAUACCUGCAGGGUGAUGUAGCCGCACUGGAAAAGGUGGUGGCUGAUCUGAUCCCGGCCUUCUCCUCGCCCGACUUGCUAGAGGUGGCCGCCAACUCAUUCUACUGUCUCACGGUCACCAGGCAGUGCGCACAACAUCUCAUGACCAAUAUCACGGCUAUCUUGAACUUGUGUGCGCCACAUCUCAAAUCGAACCAGACUCAUCCAUCCAUUGUCAGGGUAUACGAGGCCCUGCUCUACAUCAUCCGAGUCGUCCCCUCAUCACAGUUGGCUGAGCCCUUCCAGAAGCUGCUCAUACCAGUCAUAGAGAAUGUCACUCAAAUCAUUCAAGCAGGCGCGACAUCAAAGUCAUUACAAUUGUUAAAGAUACAGCUGAAAGUUUAUGAGAAGACGAUCAAUCUUGUGGACUUGGACGACAAGUCAAUACCAAAGGAACAUCCACUUUAUCACUUGUAUCGCGUGAUCGUUCCACAGAUGGAGACCGUACUCAAUGUGUUUGGAUCGGAUUCAGACGUACUGGAGGAGAUAUCAAAGAUGUACAGAUGGACACUCAUGUAUUGCAAGCCAUUGAUUGAGGACUUUGUGGUGAGCAUCAUCAAGCAGGCGACGACCGCCUUCACCAGGAAUCCCAGCCACCACCUCCUUCAGGUGCUUUUCACUGUCAAUGGCAACAUGACCUCACCAGAGGUGGACGAUACCAUCAGACAGGCAUUAUCAAUGAUCUCGACAACCACUUUCCAAGUGCUGAGGAGUGAGACUGUUCAAAAUGUGAACCUUCCCCUGUCCGCCUCACAUCCUCUCAAGAAGUACCCCACCGAUCCACAAUACCUACUCAGCUUCUCAGUUCGAAGUGACCUCUCCAAAGAAUACUUUACCAUGCUUAUACAUAUGCUCAAGAGUUAUCCACAAUGCGUGGAUGUGAAUAUCGUAGCCACAGUGUUCACUUAUGUGUUGCACAACAUAUUGGAUGUGAAUGAUGUGUCGACGAAUAGGAACUGCUUCAUCUUGAUGGAGUCGAUACUGAUGCUAAAGAAGUCUUCAAACGAGAUUGUACGACAACGUUUCGAGGAGACCGUCAACCAGGUGAUUGCCACGCAAGGUGGAGUGCUGCUGAGGAACCUGUUGGUGGGCGUGGCCUUUCUGUUUAAUUACCCGAUGAUCAACUUUGCAGCGGACGUGUUCCAGGCAUACGGCACAGUGUUUCCAACACCGUUCAGACAGGAGCUGAGGAAGUUCCUGAUCAACACUGACUUCUUGAGCGGCAUCGUCGACUCUGCCGACAAGCAAGUCUUCCUUACUCAAUUACAACGAGUGAAUGAGUCCAAGGAGGAGUACAGGUUUGCCAAUCAAACCUUUGCCAUGCUCUGCAAAGGUCCAAAGUGGUCGUCUUGA